CCUAGAUGAAUACUCAAGUACACUGAGUUUCAGCAGUCUGGCUGUAAAACAUAAUGGAAAUUACACCUGCCAAGCUUCAAAUGCUGCUGCAUCCAGGAACUACUCUGUGGAAAUAAUUGUAAAUGUGCCACCUACAUGGAGAGUGGAACCCCAAGAUAUGGAGGUAAUAGCUGGACAACAUGCCAUGCUAGCCUGUGCUGCAGAGGGGUCUCCAGCACCACAUAUUCACUGGAUGAAGGACACGGGUUCCCUGCCUCCUCAGUAUCAGGAACUGAAUAACACAAGGAUGAACUACAAGAUUCUUCACAAUGGAAGCCUUCUGAUCCAUAGUGUUCAACCAGAUGACAGAGGAUAUUACUUGUGCCAGGCAUCAAGUGGCAUUGACUCAGGUCUCAGUAAAGUGGCAUAUCUUUCUGUUCAUGUUCCUGCAAAAUUCUCCACACACUUUACAAAUAUUACAGUACCAAAAGGAAGCACUGCUUUUCUUAACUGCACAGUGGCUGCUGACAAACCAAUAUCCAUUACCUGGUACCAAAAUAAUCGUGAACUUAAACCUAAACAAAAUCCAAAAAUAAAUAUUAAAGAAGAUAAUACAAGCAAAGGAAUAACAUCAACACUCAUAUUCAAACAUGUUCGCAGAGAAGAUACUUCAUCCUUUAUUUGUGUUGCCUCAAAUAAAUAUGGGAAGGAUCAAUUAGAAAUGAAGCUUAUUGUCCAGGAAACUCCAGAACCACCUGCUAAUGUUCAUGUAAAUAACUUCUCAAGCCGAUCAGUCUCCCUCAGUUGGGAGGAGCCAUAUAAUGGAAACAGCAUCAUUGGAGCUUACAUAGUACAGUAUAAGAACACAACAGCAGUGUGUACAUCUGUUAGCAGUUCCUUGGCAUCAGAAUGUUGUCCAGGUUGUAGUUGGAGGAGAUCAGCUGAAUGUUACCAUCAAAGAUCUGAGACCUGCACAUGGUUAUCAGUUCCAAAUCAGAGCAGAAAAUUCUGUUGGUGUGUCCAAUGCAAGUGAAACAGUAACAGUGACUACAAUGGAAGAAAUACCAGAGGCACCGCCGAGGGACAUCAAGGUUAAAGUGAAAGAUUCCAGAACACUUCUUGUGACGUGGAGGCCACCUGACAAAAAUCUACAGAAUGGAGAUAUAUUGGGAUAUUACAUUGGGUAUAAGAUCAGUAGCUCAUCAGAUCCGUUCCACUACAAAACUUUUGAAGUAAUUCCUGGAAUGGAACUACAAAAUACAUUGAAUGAAUUGGAAAAAUUUACAGAGUACAGCAUCUUAAUUCAAGCAUACAACAGAGCUGGUGCUGGCCCACACAGUAAAGAAGUCACUGCUACAACAGAGGAAGAUGUGCCAGGAGCACCACCUACUGAUGUUAGGUGCACAGCAUUGUCUCCACAGAGAAUUUUAGUACUGUGGUCAAGUCCUCCAGAAUCUGCUAUUAACGGAAUGCUGAAGGGUUACAAAGUACUCUACCGCUCACUGGCAGACUGGGAUGAUUUCUCACAUCCCAUGGAGCAAGUAACCAGAGACAAUAAAUUGGAGUUAUCUAAUCUUGGUCAGUUUUGUAACUACAGUAUAGAAGUGUGUGCAUUUACCAACAAAGGUGAUGGUGUUAAAAGCCAGCCAAUAUUUUGUAGGACAUUGGAGGAUGUACCCAGUGAACCUGCAGACAUAAAGGCUCUUAUCAUGGAUUCAAGAACAGUUUUAGUCUCUUGGAGACCUCCACAAUACCCAAAUGGCAGAAUACAGAAGUACAAAGUAUAUGUGAGAUCACUGGAUGGAAUAGGUUUGGACAAGGACAACUUUGAAAUCCCUGCAGAACAGACAUUUUACACCAUCUCUCAUUUGGAGCUGCACCAUCGUUAUGAAUUCUGGGUGUCAGCAUUUACAGCAGUAGGAGAAGGUGCUGGAUCCAGACAUAUUGUGCAGGCUCCAGCAAGUCAUGUACCUGCACGAAUAGCAUCUUUCACACAACAGGUGAUAGCUGUACUUCAUGAAGACUUGCACCUCUCUUGCCACUCUGUUGGAGAACCUGCACCACUUCGCCUCUGGAGAAAGAAUGAAAAACCAGUACAAGGCAGCAGUGUGAAAAUUAAUGACGAAUGGCAGCUUUACAUCAGUCCAGUUACAGCUUUACAUGCUGGGAAUUACACAUGCUCUGUGGAAAACAUAUUUGGGAAAGAUGAGAUUACAUAUUAUGUGACAGUUCAAGGAAACAGAAAUAAGGGAAUUCCUCCCACACCAGGUGAUCUGCAAGUUACUUCCGCAAGCAUUUCAAGCAUUCUGCUUCAGUGGAACAUCUCUUUGGCAAUUAAUAACGUUAUUCAAGGGUUUUAUUUGCAUCUCAAAAGGGAAUUUGGAGAAUGGGAAAAAAUAGUAUUAACAGCAGAUGAUAUGAGUUAUUUAUUGAGUAAUCUUCAAUGUGGGACCAGAUACUAUUUGUAUUUGCAAACCUUCAACCAACUGGGGCAAAGUUCACCUACACCCACAAUCGUGACACGCACUCAAGGCUCAGCUCCAGUGGCUCCAAGCAGUGCAGAUUUGAUAAAAGUAAACUCUACCUCAAUAUCUUUGAACUUGAGUUCUUGGAGUGAUGGUGGAUGUCCAAUAACAUCACUUGUUGUGGAGUAUAAACAAAAGAAAGCAAUAGCAUGGACACUUGUUUCAAACAAUAUCAAAGUAGGAAAACCAGAAUUCUUGGUGCUGGACCUGGAUCCAGAAACCUGGUAUACAUUACGCAUUACAGCUCAUAAUAGUGCUGGAUCAACUGCAAAGGAAUAUAACUUUGUAACACUUACAUAUGGAGGAGCCACAAUUUCACCUGAUGCUGCAGAGCGUUCAAUAUCUGGGGGCAAAAUGUUCUAUAGUGAUCUUGGAAUUAUAGGACCAACAGCAUCAGCUGUUAUAGUUCUUCUAGCAGCUGCCACUGGCCUUUUAUUGUACCUCAGAAAAAAUCAAGAGAUGUUGUCGUCAAAACCAUUUGGAGAUAAGCCAUUGGAGGACUUAAUGUCAGGAGCAGAUAAGAAGACUGUUGCACCCAUUUAUGACAGUGAUGAUGGUCUGGUGGCACUAAGUCCAACACCACAGGAGUCCGUGUACCUGCCUACACCAGUGAGAGUUUCACCUGCCCACAGGAAAGGCAUAAGCCCCUACGCAACAUUUCGAGUUCCUUUAGAAGUAUCAAUGAAAAAUGCUGAAAAUAUUGAGUCAUGUGUGUCAUCUGGACCUGUUCGGUACCCUGGGAACAUUAAGAUUUCAGAAAUGCCUGACAGUUGCACAGAAUCAACAUAUUCAAAAAUCCAGGGGAAUUCACAACAUAGUAAUGAAGGAACUGAGUGGAUACCACUUCAUAACUUGUAUCAGGUUCAUCGAUACUAAUGACUUCUCAGUAUCAGAAAGCAUUACAUGUUAUUGCCACUAAAGGCACUUGCUACACAAUUUAAUGAGUGCCUUUCCAUAAAUAAUAUUUUUAAUCAGUUGAGUGUUGUAAUUAAGGUACUGUAUGAUACUGUUUCCCCAUCUCAGGUAAAAUGAAUAUUUCAGUAAACUGU